CUGAGGGGUUUUGUGUGUCAUCAGGACCUUGAGACACAACGGCACACACAAAGUGAUGCUCAGGCUCAUCGCUCUCACGGUAGACCUGGCAGACCUCUAAUCUCUAAAAGAUUGAUGAGGUCUUCUCCAGGCUCAGGAACCCUGGCAUGGCAUUGAUAAGGCAGCUUUCAUUUCAGCACAUUAUAUAGCUCACUCCUUCCCUUCUUCACCUCUUAUACUGAAGGACAAAGGCCGGCCUGGAAGCGUGAAAGAGGAUUAUAACAUGUCAAGUCAAGAGGACGGUGGUUUAAAGAAUAGGAGAUAUGACAUUCCCUGGAAAUAACACGUAUGUUUUCCUCCAUUGCCUCGUGUGGGACUGCUGAGCAGGACGUCAGAGUCAUCAUGUCACUGUCAAACUGCUGGAGCUGGAACAUAGUGAAACUACAGAAGGGAAAAACGCAAAGCUGAGAGUAGCUGAACACACUUCGCACACCUGCAGAUAGUCUGAUACAUGACAAUGUGCAACAUCACCUUCUGUAAUGUGGACAGUAAGGUGGACCAGUUCUUUCAGCCCACACUCUACAUCAUAGUCAUCGUUCUUGGGCUGCCGACUAACUGCAUGGCCCUGUGGGCCGCCUACAUGCAGGUACGCCAACGCAAUGAGCUCGGCAUCUACCUGAUUAACCUGUCGGUGGCUGACCUCCUCUACAUUGCCACUCUUCCUCUGUGGAUCGACUAUUUCCUGCAUCACGAUAACUGGAUCCACGGUCAGGAGAGCUGCAAGCUAUUUGGCUUCAUCUUCUAUACUAAUAUCUAUGUCAGCAUCGCGUUCCUGUGCUGCAUAUCACUGGACAGGUACCUGGCUGUGGCAUACCCUCUGCGCUUUGUGAAAGUUCGACGAAUCAAAACAGCUAUCCUCGUCAGCACCAUUGUGUGGAUCAUUGAGAUUGUAGCAAACUCUGCUCCUCUCUUCCAUGAUGAGCUCUUCCAGGACCGGUUCAAUCACACCUUCUGCUUUGAGAAAUAUCCGAUGCAGGACUGGGUAGCAGGCAUGAACCUCUACAGGUCAUUUCUUGGCUUCCUUGCUCCGUGGACGGCAAUGCUGGUCGCCUACCGAGGGAUCCUUGCAGCAGUGCGUUGCAAUGUCUCAACAGAGCGCCAGGAAAAGGCCAAAAUUCAGCGGUUAGCUUUGAGUUUGAUUCUCAUUGUUUUGUUCUGCUUUGGACCAUAUCACGUCCUCCUCCUGGUGCGGAGUGUCAUGUUUUUACAGAAGCCAUGUGACUGCAGCUCAGAGGAAACCUUGUUUGCAGCGUACCAUGUAUCGUUGGCAUUGACCAGCCUGAACUGCGUAGCUGACCCUAUUUUGUACUGUUUCGUUAACGAGGGAGCUAGGAAUGAUGUCGGCCGAGCUCUGUCGGCUUUACUGUCAGUGGCCUGCAACAGGCGGCCCUCUUCUUCGCCUUCACAUGCUGACAUUCUCAAUGCUGGUUCAGUAACCAUGGACACACCGCUGUCAACAAAGAAGCAGCCUUGUGUGUAUGCUGAUCCAGGCAAGACCAAUAACUACAAGACGGAACUGGUGGCUCUGAAGGAGGAGUGUCUACAGAUGACCAUCCUCAGGAAAUAACUUAACUAGUUGGAACAAGUAGUAGCAGGUCCAAACUGAUCAGCUCAGUGAGAGGCCGGCAGCUCCUAAGAGUUCCAGGGUCUCGUUUCUGACGGCCUAACGGGCUGAAAUCAGAUGCAACCAGUGGCUGCGGAUGCACGGGGUUCAGUCAGUAGGUGAUAUAUCAAAAAGGCAGAAUGAGGAUGGGAUAAAUGAAAUAACAAAACACAGGGCCUGUGGUCAUGUGAACAGAUAUGUGGGAGGAUGAAAUGCUUACGCAGCAAAACACAAAAUUGUUAGGUGAAUGAAAGAUGGUCAAACCACUGGUUAGAUUCUCACCACUGGUGAUGCAAAAAGUAAAGUGUAGUCUGAGAGUAAAACCCGAGGACAGCUCAUGCUGUCGAUUUUGUCUGCUAACAAAAAACUUUGGACAUUACAUAAAAGAUUCUUUCAUUUCAAAAACCUGUUAACACAUCAGGUUCAUGUUUUGUAUUUAGAGCUGCAGUUUAACAGCCUCCACGCAGCUACAGUGCAUGCAGAUGUUAGCAUGCUAAUGUCCUAUUCUGCCCUAGCAAUCUGGCUAUGAUCAUCAUGAAGUAUCAUCAUGAUGAUGUGAAGUGUCUGAUCAGAAGAAACUUCGGGGUGCUGAAGAUCUCAAGCAUCUGCAGGAUUCAGCCACAGCAGACUUUUGCAUCGGCCAAUCUGGCCAGCAAAUCGUUUUUGUCUUCAGUCUGAACCAAAAUGCAAGACCCACAAGCUGACAAAUCGGAUGUCUGUGGGUGGUGUGGCUAAUAAGGAUUUUAUCAACAAAAUUUGAUGACUUGGAUUUUUGGACAAUUUUUCCAGCGUGCCAGGAAUCAUUCACAAAGAUGCCGUUGAAUAUUUAUGAGAAAUCCUCAAACAGACCACGCUCUGCAUGGCUGAGUGCUAUUAGCGGUCGAAACUCAAAUGCACUUAAGAAUAUAUCCCCACUUUGGGAUAUAUAGAAGAAGCAGGAUGGCGAUUAAAAGGACAGAGGCUUAAUGGUCUUUUGAAAAUGUCUUUAUUAUGGUGUUCAAUUUUUAAAGGAAUUUUUAAAAAAAGCCUUAUGAAGUACCUCAGCUUGUAAACUGUGAUGGCAAGAAGGCUUACAGUAGAGUUGUUGUAUACCAUGAGCCAUGUUUUCUAUUUUAUUUUUUACAACACGCAGCAAAUAAACCUGCCUCCGGCGGGAUAUCAAAAAGAAAUCUUAAAAUCCUUCAGAUAAGUUUGAAAGUUUAUUAUUUUCCAUUAUUUUAUGUUGUGGAGCUGAAGAUCAGUGUCAACCUUCAGACAAAUGUAUGUGCAUGCAAUUAACAGUAGCUACUGGAAUAUGUGAGCAUACAUACUGCUAAAUGAAAAAUGUAUUGCUUAAAAAAUAAUCAAUGAAUUCAAGCUGCACGCUUGGGCUAAAGAGUACACACAGUUGACCAACAGUGAUAACGUUUACAUUGCAGUUACAGACAGGCCUUCUGGCUUAAACUAUCCAGACUAAUCUAAUUUAUAUGUAGUACAAACUUUCAGAUGAGUUUUUCCUCCAUUUGCAUGUGCACCACUGCACAGCACUCAUAAUUCAUCCUCGGCUUCCCUAAAAUGGAAAGAAAAUGUGCAUUCGACCUUGAUUGAAGUGACAUCCCUGGCUGCUAAUAACCUUUGUUAUAUUAGUGAAACAGAUUCAUAGAUUUUUUUUUAAUUUUAUUUUGAAAGGCUUGAUAAGGAAAUCCUUCAGUAGCUAUAACUAUUAAACCACUUUCAGAAGAACCAGUAGCAGGUUAAGGCGGAAUUUAAAUAGGAAAUUGACUUUUAUUGAUGAUUUAUUUAAAAUUUAAAUAUUAAAAAUAUAUAUGCUUGAUGCUGAUUGUUUUAAAUGUAAAUAUGACUGACAAUUUCUUUAAAAAUUUUUAAUGAUAAGCUUGGUCAUAUAAAGUAAUUGCUACUGAAACCAGUGACGCACAAGCUCCGUAUUAGGAUGGAUGUUGGUUCAAUCAAAAAAAGUUCACUUCAAUUGUCAGACUGAUCUAUAAAUUUUAUUUCAGUUUUAGGUGGAGUCUAAUGUUUUUGUAUUUUUAGAUCCAUGGCAAUGACAUUUCAUAAGUGAAUUUGUUUACAUCAUAGGAUGCCCUGCUGGAUGUUUAGAGACAAAGCAAUGUGAAUUUUCUGACGUGCGGUAUUGCGGCUCAGAUUAUUCCAGUGCAAUCGAAUUAUUUUGUGGAUUCAGGUAUCGUGUUGCUGUUCCACAUGCAGUAUGGGACAUAUUUCGGAAAACAUGUUUAUGUUGCGCUGGCAUGAAAGCAUUGCUAAAUUCAGUGGAAUAAUGUAAAGUAUCUGGACAAGUUCAGCUUGUUAAUGUUGCCCUAAGUGUUGUCCUAUGUGCCACUGGUUUUAAUGUAUCUGUGUCAGUCCAAAGGAGGAGGUGCCAGGCUUCAAAAUGUGUAUUUGUUCAAUAACAGUGUCAGUGAGAAAUAAAUUAUG